AUGAAGCUAAGCUUGAAUCUUCGCGCCCACAAGCGAUAUAUCACGGGAGUAGCCAACGUGGCUGCUCGCCGAAUCAACGCCGCGAUCUUAGCGAUCGGGGACGUGGAGAUGGAGGAAUUGCCGCUCGCGAACGCUGAGGACACCGUGCUCAUGCACCUCGCAAGUCUGCAAGGAGCUGAAUAUGACGUCGCCAACAUCGAGAAGUGGCUAGAAAACGAAUUAAACGCCGACAACAACUGUCAAAAAGACCCAACUCUCAAAGAGAGAUACAGAGACACGUUGAAAGAGCAUAUCGACAAACGAGACUACCUAACUCUUCGUAGAAAGUUAGGAAAAACAAUUCACAAACUGAAAGCAAUCAUGGAUCAAGGAAAAACGGAAGCCGAAUGGAAGCAGGGCGACCUGCCGGCGAGCCCGACAAAGACAACAAUGACGGAGGGAGACCAAGAGCUCGAAUCCGAGUCCGACGAAGACGACGUGUUUGUCCAAGACGUCGAGACAACGCAAGAACUCAACUCAACCAAUCCGUUUAUCAACCAAGUCGAGAACGAGGGCGAGGAGAUGGUCGCGAAAGGACCAGGUCUCAACCCGUUCGAACCUAAUCCAAGACAGGAAAACAAUACGGUCAUCAACCUGAUCGAGAUGACGUCUCAGAAGAAAGGGAUUCAGGUAGACAUUGAAUUGGCUGCCGAACUGAACCGCGUGUUAGAUAGCCAUUCCAAAAGACUAAGAAACACGGAAUAUAACACGUUGGCACGAGAAAACGAAAUCAUAAACGCUCAUUCGGGAAUCCAAAACAUGCUCGAAAGAAAUCUCACACCAAAACCAAUUCUGAAAAAACCGGACUUAGAGCCGUCAGAGGAAUCAUCGGACGAGGAGAUCCGACACAGGUACGAGAAAGAGAAGAGACAUAGAGGUGUGACGCUGGACAUCAAAAGAAACGCUCAGUAUUACGAGUCAACCGAGAGUGAACCAGAAAAGAUAGACAACAAAAAAAGAGAAAGAAAAGUCAUAAAAGGAAAAAGAGACAGUUACGAACACUUGGAGGAAUCAGAUGGAGAGUUCACUUUACCGGUCAAACCGUUCGAAUUGCCGAAAUUCAGUGGGAGAACCGCAUCUGAGUACGAAGAGUGGAAAGAAAUGUUUAACGCAGCUUAUGGACGAAAUAAACGACUAAUGGAAAUCCAAAAGCUCAUCCAACUCAAAACGCACGUCAGCGAUUACGCAAAAUCGGUGAUCGGUGCUAUUCAACUAGAAAAAGGUAACUAUGAGAGAGCGUGGGAAGUCCUCGACGCCACGUUCGCCAGUAAAUCAGACACGGUGGACGAAUUGUUUUCGUCGUUCCUGAAAGCGACCAUUAACCACAAAGAUUUCACGAAAAUGCUGUGCGAUACAGGGAGAAUCGCCGGAAUCGUCGAAAAUCUGAAAAACAGAGCUGUAAACGUCGACAAUAUUGCAUUCACGAAACCAUUAAUCGCAAAGCUUCCAGAGAACAUUCAAAGAAAAAUUAUGACAACAAUGGAAAUAAACGGUCACGACGGAACGUUUAGAACGAUGUACCAAUGGAUCCAAAGAGAGAUCGUGAUUGAAAGAAAUAUCACAUCAAAUCUAGAGAACAAUGGUACGCUGAAAAAGUCGAAGGAUUUUGAACUCGGAUACAGCGACGAAAUUGAAGUAAACUUGGCAGACAACGACGAGGGCUCCGAGGCUAUUGAAUGUCCGUUCGGAUGCGAAGAGGGUCACCCAUAUUGGAAAUGUUCUAAGACAACAAAAGACAAGUAUCUGGCGGCCAAAGAACAGGGACUAUGUUACAUUUGUUUUGAAAGCUCACACAUGUCAAGAGAAUGCAGAAAACAGAGUGGUUGCAAACACUGCAAAGGACCACACAACUCCAUUCUCCAUGAAUCAUUCGAAUACUUCUUCCAAAAAUACAAACAGUUCAUGGGAUACCAGAAUCCUCAACAACAGACGUAUGAAAAUCAACAAUGUAACGAGGCACAAGACAGGCAACAACAUCAGUUCAAUCAGAGACAACAAAAUUUCCAACAUCAGAACCAAGCCGACAGCCAAAGAUGGGCACCACCAGCUGAACAACGAGGAGCUGGAGCAAACUUGACUCAUUAG